GCCUCGGUCUCGGCGAUGGUGCGGUCGAUGUUGGCGCGGGCUGCCCGGAGCCCCGCCAGGCUCUCGCUGGUGUCGGCCAAGCGCCGGGCCAGCGCCGCCAUCCGCGCCUGCAGCCGGGCCCGCUCCGCCUCCUCCGCCCGGAUCCGCCCGCUCAGCUCGUCCCGCCGGGCGCGGAGCUCCGCCAGCCCUGCGGGGCGGCACCGACCGUCACACGGGCCCGGCCCGGCCCCCGGCCCUGCCCCGCCCGGCCCCGCUCACCCUUCCGCAGCGCCCGGCGCUGCCCCCGCAGCGCGGCCCCGGCCCCGCUCAUCGCCGCUCCGCCCCUUCCUGCGGCCCGGCCCGGCCCGCAUGGAGCUCUCGGCCGCCUGGCACACGCUCAGCACCGCGCUGGUGCCGCCCGCCGCCCUGGGGCUGGCAGCCCCGAGGCCCGAGGCUGCGGGGCCGCUGCAGGAUGCGGAGCUCCGGGCGGCCCUGGAGGUGCUGCAGUGCUAUGACCUGCACUCGGUGGUGGAGGAGUGGUUCAUCGAGGUGCUGCAGACAGACCUGCAGGCAAAUAUCGGCCCCGAGUUCUGGAAGUGUGUCAUCCAGUAUGAGAACUCGGCCGAGGAGCCCCAGUGUGCCGCGCUCCUCCUGGACGCCUUCAGUCGGCUCAAGAGUCGCCUGGAGCCCUACCUGAACAGCCUGGAGCUCCUGGAGGAGUGGACCAAGGCGGGCCUGCUCCUGGGCACAGGCGCUCAGACGCUGCGAGAGAAGGUCUACACCAUGUUCAAGGCUAUCCUCUUCUUCACCACGACCAAAUCCUUCCAGGAAAUGAUCCAGCAGUUCUACAGCCGCACUUUCAGGAUCUACAUGCGGCAGUGGAAGAAGGGAGAGGAUGGAACGACUGAGUGUGAGAGCAGCAUGAGUGAGACCGAGCAGGAGAGCGACACGGAGGAGGGUGGAGGAGAGGGCUCGCUGUGCCCAGGCUGCAGCAGCAAGAGGGAGCAGUGCUGGUGCCCCGAAGCCAUGGAGCAGUUUCAGCAGCUCAAUGACAUCCUGCGCCGGCUGAAUUUGCUGGAGAGGGUGAGUGCUGAUGCUGUCACCACCAUCCUGCACAGGAUGAUCGAGGAGAGGAUGGAGCAGCGGUGCCGGGGGGAGUACGAGCACUCCUUCCUCAAUGAGUUCCAGGAGUGGAUUGAGAAGGUGAUUGGCUGGCUCAGCAGGGUGUUCCUGCAGGAUGGGCCCUUGGCACGCUCCUCCCCAGAAGCCAGCAGCACCCUGAAACGCUGGAGGUGCCACGUCCAGAGGUUCUUCUACCGCAUCUACGCCAGCAUGCGCAUCGAGGAGCUCUUCAGCAUCAUCCGAGAUUUCCCGGAGUCGAAGCCGGCUGUGGAGGACCUCAAGUUCUGCCUGGAAAGGACUAACCAGAGGCAGCAGCUGCUCAGCUCCCUGAAAAGUGCUCUGGAAAUGCGACUUCUGCAUCCUGGAGUCAACACAUCCGACAUCAUCACUCUCUAUAUCUCGGCCAUCAAGGCCUUGCGGGAGCUGGAUCCUUCCAUGGUUAUCCUGGAGGUUGCCUGUGAGCCCAUCAGGAAGUACCUGAGGACUCGGGAUGACACGGUGCGCCAGAUCGUGGCCGGUCUCACCGGGGACGCCGAGGGCUCUGGUGACCUGGCAAAUGAGCUCUCCAAAGCUGACCCAGUGACCUUGGAGAACGGCCAGGAGAGCGAUGAUGACAUCUCAGAGCCAGGGGACUGGGUUCCUGACCCAGUUGAUGCAGAUCCAGGAAAAUCGAGCUCCAAGCGUCGUUCCUCAGACAUCAUCAGCCUGCUGGUGAGCAUCUAUGGCAGCAAGGACCUGUUCAUCAACGAGUACCGCACGCUUCUGGCCGACCGGCUGCUGCAUCAGUUCAGCUACAGUCCUGAGAGGGAAAUCCGCAACGUGGAGCUGCUGAAGCUGCGGUUUGGUGAAGCUCAGAUGCACUUUUGUGAAGUCAUGUUAAAAGACAUGGCUGACUCGCGGCGCAUCAACACCAACAUUCGGGAUGAGGAGGAGAAGCUCCCGGAGGAGGAGAGGCCCCCGUUCAACCUCAUCGCCAUUAUCCUGUCCAACGAGUUCUGGCCACCGCUGAAAGAGGAGAAGUUGGAACUUCCAGAGCAGAUCAAGGAAGUCAUGGAAGCCUAUUCCAAGAAGUAUGAGAAGUUAAAGGCCAUGAGGACCCUGAACUGGAAGUACCACCUGGGGCUGGUGAGCCUGGAUGUGGAGCUGGCCGACCGCACCCUGUCCCUCUCCGUCUCUCCCAUUCACGCCGCCAUCAUUCUGCACUUCCAGACCAGGAGCACCUGGACGCUGACGGAGCUGAGUGAGGUGCUCAAGGUGCCCGUGACGUCGCUGAAGCGCAAGAUGACGCUGUGGCUGCAGCAGGGUGUCCUGAGGGAAGAGCCUGAGGGCACCUUCACUGUGAUCGAGGAGGAGCAGAAGGACCAGGUGGAGAAGGUCGUUCUGAUCGACAGUGACGAGGAGGGGGACUCUGCCAUGGCCUCACAGGCCGACCAGAAGGAGGAGGAGCUGCAGCUGUUCUGGACGUACAUCCAGGCCAUGCUGACCAAUUUGGAGAGCCUGUCCCUGGAGAGGAUUCACAGCAUGCUGAAGAUGUUUGUGAUGACAGGCCCCGUGGUGGCCGAGAUCGAUAUCCAGGAGCUGCAGGGUUUCCUCCAGAAGAAGGUCCGGGACCAGCAGCUCAUUUUCUCAGGAGGGGUCUAUCGCCUGCCCAAGAACUGCAACUAGACUGGCAGUGUCCCUGCUGCCCCCUCACCACCCCUGCCCUGUGCCUGUGCUCCACUCUGGAGGGUCACCAGAGUGUCACCAGCUCUUGUUGUGCUGCUGGGGGGUUUCUGUGCUCUGGGGGUUUGCUGUGCCCCCUUCCCCACAGCAGCAGCCUGGGCUGUGCACCCCACAACCUCUGGGCCUGCUCCCCACAUUCCUUCCUGCUGAAUGUCAGUGCCUGGGCCCACUUCACUGGUUAAUAAAGAACAGUAGUCUUCUUUUUCCAA